UUAUUUUCUUUCAGUGAGGCAGGAUUUAGGGGAGGAUGUGAUGUAAAUAUACGCGCUUCCGGUUUAGACGGCCUCUUUUCGUUCAGGCAAAGCUUACCGCCGGAGCUUGCAAAGAUGCAGAUCUUUGUGAAAACGUUAACAGGGAAGACCAUCACCCUUGAGGUCGAACCCAGCGAUACCAUCGAAAAUGUUAAGGCAAAAAUUCAGGACAAGGAAGGUAUCCCUCCUGACCAACAGCGUCUGAUCUUCGCUGGCAAGCAGCUCGAGGAUGGCCGCACACUGUCCGAUUACAACAUUCAGAAAGAGUCUACCCUGCAUCUUGUGCUUCGUCUGCGAGGAGGCAUCAUUGAGCCUUCUUUGAGGAUGCUGGCUCAGAAGUACAACUGUGACAAGAUGAUCUGCCGCAAGUGCUACGCCCGUCUCCACCCCCGUGCCGUCAACUGCCGCAAGAAGAAGUGUGGCCACACCAACAACCUGCGCCCCAAGAAGAAGCUGAAGUAGACGCGCCGUGCCACGCUGUCCCUUUGGCCUGAGAUCACAUUUUGCAUUUCUGGGUUAAAUAAAUGUUAAAAGAAAAAGAAA